AGUGGGUGGAUUUUACAUAUGAACACGCAUGUGUUUGAGUGCUUGAGCAUAAUGUGUGUGUGUGUUUGGUGAGAGUGUAUGCUUUUGUGCUUCCACUUUGACCUUGUUGAGACUAACAGUGUUAGGCAAAGGGCAUUUAGAUAUUAGUGAUAUACUUGAUAUGAACAGCAGCCAAUAGCAGCGAUACAGCAGGGCUCAGAUAGAAAAGUUAAUCAGCUACAGACUGGUGGGCCUAGUCGGCAGAUAACAAAAGCAUUCACAACUACCAGCUCAGCACUGAUACACACACACACACACACGCACAUAUAUCAGCCCUUCCUUUCACCACUCCCUCCAUACCUUACUGUCAAGCUUGUUCCAGUGCCCAGUUUGUCAGUCUGAGGGUGAACCGUCAUGAGGACGCUGUUGCUGCUGGGGGUGUCGACCUUCUGUCUCUGUGUGUUUGUCACUGCUGACACACAAGCCGACCGACAGGCAGAUAAAUCAUCCCCUGAGAAGGAUGGAGUUUUACAGCUGAAGAAAGGAAAUUUCAACAGGGCACUGAGAAAAUAUAAGCAGCUGCUGGUGCACUUCCAUGCUCCCCUGUCAGGAGAAGGCUAUCGCGUCUCUGCAGCGUUUGAAGGUGCUGCUGCAGAGCUUCAGGGGUCAGAGGUCAAACUGGCAGUGGUUGAUGUGACAAAGGAGAAGGACCUGGCUAAAGAACUCAAUGCGACAGGCCUCCCCACAAUCAGGCUGUACCUUUCUGGAGAUAAACACAACCCUGUACCCUGUCCCGUUCCUAAGAGCUCGGCUUCCAUCUUGACCUGGCUGAAGAGGAGGGCAGGGUCUGCUGCUGACCUCAUCACUGAUCUUAGCCAAUCAGAGGCCUCAGAGGAACUGACAGUGGUUGGAUUUUUCAAGGAGCUGAACGAUGAGUACGUCCAGGUGUUCUACGCUGCAGCGAUUGACCUUCCUGAUGUUAGCUUUGCUGUGACACAGAACAAUGAAGUUAUCAGCAAAUAUGGUCUCACACACGAUGUUGUACUGCUGCUCAAAAAGUCUAAGCUCAUCCAGGCUUACAAAAUGAUGCCUCAGACGUCUAAAGAGGAGCUGAUCAUUUUUAUCACUGUCUACCAGAUGGACCCAGUGACUGAGUACACUGGACAGACAGCCACUCAGAUAUUAACAGCACCCGUGUUGAACCACGCCAUCCUGUUUGUCAACAAAAGCUCUGCUGACUUUAAAGAGAUCUACUCUGCCUUUAACAGCGCUGCAAAAGCAUUCAGGUUGAAGAUUUUGUUUGUGUGGGUGAACGUGGAUGAGCCUCGUAAUGGUAGGGUAAUGGAGUACUUCCGGGUUCGGGAGUUCGAGGCUCCUCUCAUCCGAUUGGUCAACCUGACAGACCAUGUGACCUAUCACCUGCCCUCAGACACUCUGGAUGUAGAAACCAUAAAAAAAUUCUGCCAGUCCUAUCUGGAGGGCAAGGCUAAGCCUAAGAUGCAGAGUGAGCCGAUACCUGAAGGAUGGGACAAACAGCCGGUGAAGGAGCUGGUGGGAAUGACUCUGGAGAAAGUCGCCUUUAACCCCAACAAGACUGUUUUUGUCCUGUUCUAUCUUCCCUACAGUCAGGAGUCCCGCGCUCUGUUUCCACUGUGGGAGGAGUUAGCCGAGGCCUUGAAGGAGCGAGAGGACGUGGUCAUCGCUCGCAUCGAUGCCUCAGCCAAUGACAUCAACAUGUCAAUGCAGGGCACCUACCCAUCACUCUGCCUCUUCCCUGCUCUAUAUGCUGAAAGAAUGGUGGUUUACCCUGGUAAGAGGAAGUUGAAGGACCUGGUUAAGUUUGUAGAUAAAGAGAUGGAAAAAGCCAAAAAAGACAGAGUUAAGGAGGAUGAAGACAGGAGGAAGUACAUCGAGGCCAUAAAAGCUGAAGAGGCAAAAAAAGCUAACAAAACCAAAGACGAGCUUUAAUCCAAAAACAGAGAAUACAGCGUGUGUGUGUGUGUGUGUAUGUGUGUCAUACCUUUUAGUUAGUACUUUUUAAACAUGGAUCUGGUUUUAUCUGCUCAACCAAGCUGUCAAUAACUGUCUGUCCAAUCAAAUCCAAUAAAGUCUUCAGGUAAAAACUC